AUGGAGAGACGAGUGAGCUUUGACGUGACCGAUUAUCACCCCGACGGGAAUGAGUGGAGCAGCGACUUAGUACCUCACAUCCAUUCGAUGAGUGCACCAUCGUCGCCGAUCCACCAAAAUCCGGAGAUGGACGACACUGAGGAGGACACAACGGGGUACGUGCUCGUCACGCUAGACAUUCACGACGACAGCGUGUCCGUUGUCAGCGUGGUGCCUGAGAAGAAGUCCGCGGUGAAGCCACCACGCCGGCCGAAGUUUGACUCUUCCGAGGCCUUGAAAGGGGUCAAAAUGUUCAUCAGUAUGACCGAUUCUGGCUGGAUGGCCGUGGAGAAACGGUUUGAUAAGAUGACUGCCAAAACUGAUGGAUUGCUGAUUCGGUCUUUUUUUUUCUGA